GCUGAAACCACUGUGUUAUUGACUAGUGAUUAAACCUUCACAUUAUUUUGUGCUUUUAAUUCGGCCUGAACGGUUAUCUCAUUAGUAAACCGUUCGACUUCGAAACCGUAAAAAUAGUUGGCCCAGUAGAGAAAAUUACCUCGUUAACAUAAACAUAUUACACAUAUCAGUGCAAGAAUACUUAAGAAAAACCAUAUGCGAAACGAUUCGAAAGUGACCAAUAUUUGGGUGGUCACGCAGGACGUUAAAAUUGAAUGCGUCGACGAACGAGGUUUCCAUCUCCGAAGUGUGGUAAAAAUGAGAAAAAUUUCUCAUUAUUAAAAUUAGCUCCAUAUGUGAAGCAAUGCAAAGAAGCCGACCCAAAUCUCCUUAAUUGUUUAAUAGACGCAGUACACUACCUAAGACCUUACUUAAAAACGGGUAUAGAAGAAAUAGAACUACCAUCAGUCGAACCCUUUCAAAUGGACGAGCUUAGCUUGUCACUAACAUCAGGGCCAAAUGGAUACAAAGUUUCCCUCAAGAGCAUCGACAUUUUUGGCGCAAGUAAUUACACCGUUGAAAAAAUUAAAUUGAGUGAAAAUGGCAAACCGUUCGAAGCAACUAUAAAGAUACCAGAAUUGCGAAUUGGUGCCAGAUACACCAGCAGUGGCGUACUAAUCAUCUUACCAGCUAGCGGAAAUGGAACCUUCCACGCCAACUUUGGUGAUAUCACCGGAAAAGUUCAAGGACAAGUCAGUGUCAAUCGAAAGGAUGGUUUGGAUUAUUUGAACGUUGACACCCUAAGUUUGGACCUCGAUGUGGCAGACGUACGGAUGGGUGUAAGGAAAGUGUUUAAGAAUAAUCCCAUAUUGACUCAAGCGAUCAAUCUGUUUCUACGGGAAAACGGUCAAGAGGUCCUAAAGGCGAUGUCGCCCCAAUUAAGGAAGAAAUUAUCGACGGUCUUCCAAAGCAUUGCAAAUCAGCUACUCACGCAUAUACCUCUGAAAACUUUUUUAGUUCCUCGUACCUCGGUUUAACACCUCUUGACUUGUAGGGAUAGUUAUGACCAUAUUGGUUAGGACUAACUACUAGGUUUUUAUUGAGUUCUAUUCAGAGGAUUCACGUUACUCGAUAGAGACAUUCCAAAUUAUAAUUUUCCUAGUCAUUGUUUAGAGGUAUCGUUCGUCUCAUACUUUUGCGUUUAUUCAAAGUUGUCCCAUAAUAUUCUCAAAUAACAUGAAGAAUAAAAAGUAAUCAUUAGUGAAAUGCUUCACGGGCUCAUUCACAUUUGAAUAUAACUUUCCUCAUAUCAUUUUUUUAUUGCACUCUAUUAUAAGUGUAUUGCUUUUUGAAUGAACCCAAAAGGUUUAGACGGAUUAAAAUAAACUAAAAAAAGACGGUUUUCUAGUGAUUUAGUAAUAUAUUAAAGUACAUAAUUAUAGGUACUACGUCGAUAACUUGGAAUUUGAUUAGAUAUAAAUAAUCGUGAAAAAUAGUCUCCUUAAUUGUAUUUUUUUAUGUUAUUGUCAAAAAGAGUAGUUCAAGAAGGCACCCUUAAAGUAUUAACAA